AUGGCGGACGGAGCAGUGACUGGUGCUAUGUCCGAUGUAAACACAACUGUCAACUCAACGGCGAAUGCCAUGGCAUAUUUACAAGAUGAGGUAACGUUAGCUAAUGAUUCUGCCAUACCAUCUAUGUUUAUGAUAACUUGACUGUUCGACUUAUGUUGCUCUCUGUGUUCUUUACAUUGACAACACCAGCACAACUUACGUAGCUAGCUAGCUAGCGAACUAGUAGAUAUUCUGAUCUGUCUAGCUAGCCAAGCUACCGUUAUAUCUCUAACCAGCUACAUUUCUGAUGAUUUACAUUAACAGUAGUGUUUCCUGUCGUUGUCAUGUUUGCAUUGCAUCAUUCAGAGAUGCAAGGCUAGCUAGCCAGUCUUAUUGAUUGCUAACAAGUUAAAAGCUAUGGUCCAGGGCGUCGUUCCUGCACCAGAGUUAGCAAGUUACCUGCUAAGGUGACCCAUACCUCAGAAGUCCCCACUGGCCCCAAGUGAGAGUAGACCAGAGCCCUAUACUUUUUUGGGGCCAGGCCUCAGAGGUGGACACAUAUAAAGCAACUGUCUAAAACCUGCAAUUGAAAAGGCCUAUUUAAGUAGUUAGAUAAGUAUUUACUCUUAUGAAUGGAGUAGCUAGCUAGCUAAUUGAAUUGUUCUAUCUUCCUUUACAAAGUACAUGUUGAUUUACUGUCAUUCUUCAACAGAUGAAGCCUGACACAGACGCCAUGGCCCCUCUCAACCUGGGUGACUUGGACUUGACCACAGAUGAGUUCAUCUUGGAUGAAGUGGACAGUAAGUCCUUAAGCAUUAUUGUCUUUUGAAUGAAGUAAUGGUCAUAUCAUCUGGUAAAAUUAGUUCAUAGCCAAAUAGUAAUUUAGCUAAUUAGUUCAGUGUCUUGGAUAAAUGUAAGAACUGACCCUAAUGGAGAUUAAACUAGCUACUUUCCUUUACUUCCCCUCCCAGUUCACAUACAGGCUAAUCUUGAAGAUGACUUGGUGAAGGAGGCACUGAAAACGGUAAGACCAUGGUACCACGGCUGCACCAUGCAUGUCCCUAAACAUCAACACAUUUCAGUUUUAAUUACAUUUUUGGUUAGUUUUCAUUUUAUAUAUUGUAUAUAAGGCUACAUUCCUUCAACUGAUGGUUUCCUUUCAUCUGAAUCUGUUUCUUUCAGGGAGUUGACCUCAGGCAAUACUCUAAACACGUGGAGGAUGAACUCCAACGGAUUGAACAAGCUUCCAUCAAAGACUGUAUCCGUUAAUGUAUUAAUGUCUUGAAUGAUUGUGUGAAAGAAUUUGUGCAUUAUUUAUGGUAAUUCCUGACAGAUACAGUAGUUCACCCUGAUAGGUAAUCCUUGACCAAGCUUGUGUCAGAUAUCAAGGAGAGCCAGAACAUUGCCUCUCUGCACAACCAGAUCACAGCCUGUGACUCCAUACUGGAGGUGAGUGGAUUAUGCCCUCAAUCAAAAGUGUAUCAAGUGUCUUCAGAAGUCCAUAAGUCCAUUCUAAAUGGAUCAGCAUUUUUGCAUGUGCAGGUUUUGAAAGAAUGCUUUUGCAAUUUCCUUGUAAAAAUAUGUAACGAAGCCAAUGAUACAUCUAUUUUCUCCCCUCUCGCUCUUGCUCUCUCUCUCUCUAUACCUCCCUCUCUCUCUCUGUCCUCACCUUUCCCCUCUCUCUCCAGCGAAUGGAGGGCAUGCUGAGCGGCUUCCAGAGUGACCUCUCCUCCAUCAGCAGUGAGAUCCAGACUCUGCAGCAGCAGUCGGUCAGCAUGAACAUGCGGCUGAAGAACAGGCAGGCCGUACGCAGCCACCUCAGCCAACUGGUGGAUGAGCUGGUGGUGCCCGGCGCUAUGAUCCAGUAAGGGAGUGUGUGUGUGUGUGUGUGUUUGUGUUUUAUACAGCUUUGUAACGAUAUAUGUACCUGUUUAGUUUUUAUGGGAUAUGUGAAUAGAAAGAGGGUAGGGAGCACAUGUCAUAUUGAUGUCUAACGAGACAUUUACUUGACAGUCUCUAUGAUGUUGUAAGUGUUCCUAUGGGUAAGCAUGUAUUCUAACAAUUGUUCCCCACAUUUUGUCCCUCUGCAGGAUAAUCCUGGAGAGCCCGGUUACAGAGCAGGAGUUCCUUGAGCAGCUCCAUGAGCUCAACAACAAGAUCAAUUUUGCCAAAGAGCUCAGCUUCAGGGAGACUUUGGCCUGCUCUGACAUCCAGGACAUUGUGGACCGUCUCAAAAUCAAGGUGAAGAUACAGGGAGGGAGGGAGAGAGAGAAAGAUAAUGGGAUGGGAUGGGAAGAGAAGGAGAUAUAAGCGAGGAAUGAUGGUGUGGAAGGUAACGGAGCAAAGGUAUUCUGUAUAAAACAGGCUUUUAUUUUGUUCCACAGGCUGUCACAAAGAUCAGAGAAUUUAUCCUGCAGAAGAUUUAUUCCUUCAGAAAGCCCAUGACCAACUAUCAAAUCCCCCAGAACACUCUCCUCAAGUACAGGUAAUGAUAUAGGCUUAUAACGGGCUGAUUCAUUGCUUCAAAACCUUCCACAUGUUUGGAUACCGUAAAACAGACAUAGGAACACUUACAACAUCAUAGAGACUAGGUCAAGUAAAAUUCUCAUUACAGAAAUCAAUAUGACAUGUGCUCCCUACCGUCUAUCUGUCCACAUCUCCCAUAAAAUCUAUACAGGUACAUGUAUCGUUACAAAUCUGUAUUACACACACACACACACACACACUCCCUUACUGGAUCAUAUACUAAAAAGCACCACCACAAUCAUGUAUCUACACAGAUCUAAAAUGUUUCUUCGUACUUUAGGUUUUUCUAUCAGUUCCUCUUGGCAAACGAAAGGACAGUGGCCAAGGAGAUCAGGGAUGAGUAUGUGGACACUAUGAGUAAGAUCUACUACAGUUACUUCAAGUCCUACAGCGGCAGGCUCCUCAAAGUACAGGUGAGUGAAUGACACAGGUGCUAAGGGAGAGAAGGAGGCUAAAUUGGAGAGUUAAAAUGCCUUCUCUUGGUUUAUAGGCUCAAUAUAUAAUUGUUCUGGAAAAGCAUGCUGUUUCAAAGUCUCACUAUAAUGUACAGUAGGGCCUAUGUUGUGUUUGAGGGUACAGCAUUUUCAACAGUGUCGAGUAUCAUAUCAGUCAAAUUAGCAGAUCAUAUUUAAUACUGUUCUCGUAACAUCUUUCUCUGUUGACAGUAUGAGGAGGUGGCAGACAAAGAUGACCUGAUGGGAGUGGAAGACACGGCCAAGAAAGGUUUCUUCUCCAAGCCCUCCCUGAAGAGCAGGAACACCAUCUUCACCCUGGGCCAGCGGGGGACCGUGCUGAGCCCUGCCGAGCUGGAGGGGCCCAUCCUCAUCCCCCACACUGCCCAGAGAGGGGACUGCAGGGUGAGACCACUGGCAGGGCUGUACUACCCAAAUCAGACCACCCAAACUAUACCAUAUACUACUGCAUGAGAGUAACAGACAUUUGGAAUGAAAUUAACCUACCUUAUUAUAAGAUGUUAUGUACUACUUUGAAAUUAUUUGAACAUGCAUAGAGUAUAAGGUUGUGAGGUAAAGACACGAAGCCAACCCUAAACUUCUAGAUAUCGUUAAGCUGUACUGCUCCAAUACACCUGUGCUUCUCUCACUACCUUCUUGUCACCACACUCAUCUCAAAGGAAUGUACAGCGGCAGAUGUAGAUUAUUAUGUCACCCAACCAACCUUCUUCCUCCUGUCUCAGUAUCCCUAUGAGACGCUGUUCCGCAGUCAGCACUAUGCCCUUUUGGACAACGGCUGUCGAGAGUUCCUCUUCCUGUCUGACUUCUUCAUGGUGGCUGGAAAUUCUGCGCUGGACCUCUUCAACAGCGUCAUGGGAAAGACGCUCAGCUUGUUCCUGGUACGAUAAGACUUCUCAUACAAGAAUUGCUGUAAAAAAAUGGUUAAGGCAUAACACAGCGUUUAACAGUGGAGUCCUUCUUUUUGUAAAAUGAUGAUGAUGAUUGUCUCUAAUUAUGAUAUGACUAACUCUUUCUCUAACGUACCUAUACCCACCUUUCCCUACCAUCCUCCCUCUCUCCUUUCCCUACCAUCCUCCCUCCCUCCUUUCCUACCAUCCUCCCUCCCUCCUUUCCUACCAUCCUCCCUCCCUCCUUUCCCUACCAUCCUCCCUCCCUCCUUUCCCUACCAUCCUCCCUCCCUCCUUUCCCUACCAUCCUCCCUCCCUCCUUUCCCUACCAUCCUCCCUCCCUCCUUUCCCUACCAUCCUCCCUCCCUCCUUUCCUACCAUCCUCCCUCCCUCCUUUCCCUACCACCCUCCCUCCUUCCUUUCCCUACCACCCUCCCUCCUUCCUUUCCCUACCAUCCUCCCUCCUUCCUUUCCUACCAUCCUCCCUCCUUCCUUUCCUACCAUCCUCCCUCCCUCCUUUCCUCCCAUCCUCCCUCCCUCCUUUCCUACCACCCUCCCUCCUCCCUUUCCUACCAUCCUCCCUCCCUCCUUUCCUACCAUCCUCCCUCCCUCCUCCUUUCCUACCAUCCUCCCUCCCUCCUUUCCUACCACCCUCCCUCCUUCCUUUCCUACCAUCCUCCCUCCCUCCUUUCCUACCAUCCUCCCUCCCUCCUCCUUUCCUACCAUCCUCCCUCCCUCCUUUCCUCCCAUCCUCCCUCCCUCCCUCCUUUCCCCUACAGAAGAGCAUGUCCACCUAUGUAUCGGACUGUUACGACAGCAUCGCUGUGUUCCUGUGUAUCCACAUCAUCUUGCGUUUUAGAGCCAUCACAAACAAGAGGACCAUCCCAGCCCUGGACAAGUCAGUAACACGCUCUCAGCGCAAAUACUAAAUGACACUCCAUACACUUUUAACUCGGAGCAUAAUGCUAUAUAGGACAUAUCCUAUUUCCUGCAGUAUGCUGUACAGUUUAUUAGGUACACCACCCCGUUCACGAAAAUGGAUCGUGGCUGUGGCUUGCUAUAUAAAGCAGGCAUACAGGCAUUUAGUUAAUGUUCGAUUGAACGUUAGAAUGGGCAAAACGAGGGACCUAAGCGACUUUGAGCGUGGUAUGAUCGUCGGUGCCAGGGGCGCUUGAUCUAGUAUCUCAGAAACGGCCCCCCUCCUGGGCUUUUCACUCACGACAGUGUCUAGGGUUUACAGAGAAUGGUGUAACAAACAAAAAACAUCCAGUCAGCGGCAGUCCUGUGGGCGAAAACAGCUCUUUGAUGAGAGAGGUCGAAGGAGAAUGGCAAGAAUCAUGCAAGUUAACAGGCGGGCCACAAAAAGACAAAUAACGGCGCAGUACAACAGUGAUGUGCAGAACGGCAUCUCGGAACGCACAACUCGUCGAUCCUUGUCACAGAUAGGCUACUGCAGCAGACAUCCACACCAGGUUCCACUCCUAUCAGCUAAAAACAAGAAGAAGCGGCUCCAGUUGGCACGCGAUCACCAGCACUGGACAAUUGAGGAGUGGAAAAACAUUGCCUGGUCCGACGAAUCCCAGUUCCUGUUGCGUCAUGCUGAUGGCAGAGUCAGGAUUUGACGUAAGCAGCAUGAGUCCAUGGAACCAUCCUGCCUGGGACAGUGUACUGGUGUGGGGAAUUUUUUCCUGGCAUGUGUUAGGUCAGUUGAUACCAAUUGAGCAACAAACGUUUCCGACACCUUGUAGAAUCCAUGCCCUGAAGAAUUAAAGCUAUUCUGGUGGCAAAGGGGGGGAUCCAACCCAGUACUAGAUGGGUGUACCUAAUAAACUGUCCGGUGUAUAUGUUAUAUGUAAGGGGAAAGUCAGAAACAAUUCAUUGUUAAAACCUAUGAUACAGUAGUCUUUUUACUGUAUGUACUGUAAAAUGUAACAUUUGGGGCCUUACAUGAGACAUGCUAAUGUAAUUUGUUUCAUGAAAAUGGUCCCGUGUGGCUCAGUUGGUAGAGCAUGGCGCUUGCAAUGCCAGGAUUGUGGGUUCAAUUCCCACGGAGGACCAGUAUGAAAAUGUAUGCACUCACUACUGUAAGUCGCUCUGGAUAAGAGUAUCUGCUAAAUGACUAAAGUGUAAAAUGAAAAUCACAUAUUGAUGUCAAUAGAUUUGUUCAAAGAAAACACACAUCUUAACUCAGAAUUGACCCUUGAUGCUUAUGUAAUUGUUUCUCCAUGGGGUGCCAGGUACUGGGAGGCAGUGCUGGAACUGCUGUGGCCCAGGUUUGAGCUCAUCCUGGAGAUGAACAUUCAGAGCAUCCGCAACACGGACCCCCAGAAACUGGGCGUGCUGGACACCAGACCACACUAUGUAUGAACACACACACACACACACACACACACAUGUAUUUCAUGUAUUAAUGUCUAAUAAUACCAACUGUUGAUACCAGUUGUGUUCAUGUUUCAGGUCACACGCAGAUACGCAGAGUUCUCUUCUGCCAUAGUUAGCAUUAACCAGACAUUCACCAGCGAGCGAACACACACCCUCCUUGGCCAACUGCAGGUACACAACUAAAUAAUAAUAAAAACAGUACAAUAGUAUAAAUAGUGGGGAUCCUACAGUUAGCGUGAACAUUUGAAGUAGUGCUUUGUGUGAUUUGAUAUAGCUAACACUGGUAUUUUCAGGUUGAAGUGGAGAACUUUGUCCUGAAGAUGGCUGCAGAGUUCCCUUCACGCAGGGACCAGCUCAUUUUCCUCAUCAACAACUAUGACAUGAUGCUCAAUGUACUCAUGGUGAGAAUAACAAAAGUUUAAAACCAUAAACAUGAACGAUUAACUUAUUUACCCACCUGAAAUGACUCCUUCAUUCAGUCAUUUACAUAAAAAUGUUAGUCAUUUAGCAGACUCUCUUAUCCAGAGCUACUUACAGGAGCAAUAAGGUGCCUUGCUCAAGGGCACAUCAGUAGAUGUUUGACCUAGUCGGCUCUGGGAUUCAAACCAGUGACCUUUCGGUUACUGGCCCAAUGCUCUUAACCGCUAGGCUAUAUCUUGUGAAUAUACAGAAUCGAAAGAUGUCAUGCUGUUUUCCUCUCUUUCUCUCCAUGUCAUAGGAGAGGGCAGCCGAUGACAGUAAAGAGGUUGAGGGCUUCCAACAGCUCCUCCAGGCCAGGAGCCAGGUAAACCUGCACAGGGAUUCUGGGAAAUUGAGUUUUGUCAUGUGUGCCAGAUUUACGGAUAAUCAGUUUACUCAAAAGUAUUUACUCCAAUGAAACAUUCCCCUCUUUCUUUCUCCUUUCAUCAGGAGUUUAUUGAGGAGAUUCUGUCCUCUCCCUUUGGUGGCAUGAUAGCAUUUGUGAAGGAGAGCGAGGCGCUGACGGAGAAAGGGCAGCUGGAUAGACUAAAGAAUGAUGAAGGUGAGUAGAGGGAAAAGAUGCAGACCUUUUUAUAAUGUAAUUGUUUGCAGAAUGUUUUCAUGAUUAUACAUAUAAUUGGUUAAAUAGUUAUGUUUAUGAUAGAGAACAAUUUGUUUAUGCAAACGGCUGUGUAUCUACCAGGGCCAAGAUAUCCUGUGGUGUGCCACAGGGUUCGAUAAUUUGACCUUUGUUAUUCGUAAUCUAUAUCAAUGACCUUGCUGCUGUGUCUUCAACGUACUUCCCAUUGUCUUUGCUGAUGAUACCAAUUUCAUUUUAUCACACAAUCAUUUUGAUUAACUAAUUAAUUAAGCCAACACGGGUAUGGUCACAUUUUUUGAAUGGUUCCAGAUAAACAAAUUGUCUUUUAAAUGUUAAAAAAAUCCAACUUUGUAUUCACUAGUAAGAAUAAGAAAUAUUGUAAAAUAAGAGCCAGAAUCUCAAUUGGUGGGAAUGAAAUGGAACAAGUCACAUCCACUAGAUUCCUCUGAUUUAUAAUUGAUGAAAGGUUAUCCUGGAAAGAUCAUAUUCAGUUUGUCUGUAGCAAAGUGAUGAAAUCUGUUGGUAUCAUCAGAAAGAUUAGUGGUUUGGUUCAUCAGGUUUGCUUCCUAACUCUAUACUAUAGCUUAAACUACCAAUAUCUCAUUUACUGUAAUAUUGUCUGGGCCAGUACAUAUGCCUCCUAUCUACACAAAUUACUCAUCAUACAAUUUAAGACUAGCCAACUCCUCUAAAUACCUGGCUCCAUCUGCACCUUUGUUUUAAGAAACAUAAUAUCUUGUCUAUUUACGACAAUUAUGCACUUUCGUCUACAAAUACUCAUACCUCUCAGACAGUUUACCAAAACCCUUCAAUGGAUUCUUCCAGGUUAAUUCUGAAAUCCAUCUAUAUAACACUACACUGCGAUAACCUUCACCCUCCCCACUGCUGCACCUCACAUAGUCAAUUCUCUAUCAGAUACAGAGGUACCAUACUCUGGAAUUCUUAUCUUCACAUUGCCAAAACAUCAUCGUCCCUCAAUAACUUAAAGUGUGGACUGGGGGUCCACCUGAUGAACCAAACUACCCACGUUUUUUUAUCUGUACUGUUUUGUCUUUCGUGCGAAUAAAUAAAACCUAUGAAUGUUUCCGUUUACACGGUAACCUUCUUCUCUUUCUUCUACUUUCCUCCUGUCCUGUCUCAUUUUAUUUACCUCUACUGUUUGGACCGUUUGUUUCUACUCUGCUUUGACUUUCCACCAUAACAAUUGUCUUACAUUUCUCCCACACCUUUUCACACCCAUACCUCCCAUCUCAAAACUCAUGUUGUUUUCUUCUACCCCCUUUCUUUCUUUCUUAGCCCGGAUCACCCAGCUGGUCAGGGGUUUCUCCAGUACAUGGAAACAGUCUGUGGAGGCUCUGAGUCAGGACGUCAUGAGGUCCUUCACCAACUUCAAGAAUGGCACUGGUAUCAUUCAGGUACUGCCCUCUGUGCUUUCUCUAACGGGUGCACUGACCGAAAACAUACACGUUCUAAACCAGUAAUAUAAUUGUAUGUAAUUAAAGGCUAUACAGAAUAUUUGCCCCUAGGGGUGCUCUUGAGCCAAAAGGGGUCCCUUAAAUCGACAGAAAUAUUUAACAUUUUGGCAACCAUGAGCCACGGGCUGUUACAAGUUUUUUUUCUUCUCUAAAACGUAUCAUUCAAUUUGACUCCUAUCCUCCAGGGGGCGCUCACUCAGCUGAUCCAGUACUACCAUGGCUUCCACAAGGUGCUGUCCCAGCCCACCUUUCGCAGCCUGGCCGUGCGCUCGGAGCUCAUCAACCUACACCACCUCAUGGUCGAAGUCAAGAAACACAAGCCCAACUUCUAACUGGACACUCAAAGAGUAGAGAUUUAGGAAUGAUGGGGAUGUCAUGGAUUAAAUGAAGGAGCUCAAAAUCCGACGCGGCCUGAUUUGGAAACAAGUGAAAGAGUAUAUCCCUUUGCUUGUGACAGCACUCCACUGACUAAAGACUAUGUAUUGCACGUGGGAACCUGUCGUUUGUGAUUUGACAUUGUACCAAUGUCGAUGGGUAAGGUGGUGUUUAAAAGUGCUACCUUUUCUUUCAUGGAUGGUGGGUUCUUUGUUUUCGGGGAGGGUAUAGGGGGAUGAAGAGCCAGAAAUGGGAGGGGGGAAGGUUCAGUGGUUAUGGGGAUUGACAGGAGAGAUCACAAGGCUGUCAAAAGAAACGGAGUAGAUGAUCUAUUCCAGACAGGGGUGCACAACUUGUGCUUGUUUUCGUUUCGCCUUGGCACAUAAUUGAACAAUUACUAGCUUAAGCGUGAACUCACCUGAUUUCCCAGGUAUAAUCCAGUCUGUGGGUAAAAGGCAAAGGAAAAAACCACCAUACACUGCGGCCCUCAGAUCUGUGCACCCCCAGUCUAUUAUGAGUUUGAGAGGGAGGAGGAAAGGAAUUGGUAUUUC